AAAUCCAACUUGCGACACCACUUUCAGAGCUCGUCAUCCACCCCGCAAGCUAGCUGCUCUAACUCCCUCAAUUCCCCAGCAAAGUCUUCUACCUGCCCGUCAAUAUGGCAGACUUUGGGGCCUACCCGCCCAACAUGGCGCCUCAGAACGCCGUCAUAGUCCGACAAGCAGCAGGCCAAAACCACGAAGUCGUCCAAUACACUGCGGAAGACCUCUCACGGCCCACCCAAGGCCCAGCCAACCCCUUCAAAGACGAAGUCAACUCCUUAAAGCGCAAAAAUGUUCUCACUGGUUAUGCAGAGGAAACCUACAUCAGCGAACACACCUUCCGAAGUCAACAUCGCGCUGUGGAACGUGGACCUGGCAGAGAGUAUCAGGGCGGACAAGCACAGAAAGUCGAGGCUGCGAGGAUACGAGCAAAGAGGCAGAAGAAGGGCGAUGCGACUGUUGCGGAAGGAGACAAUGCGUAUGUGGGUCCUUGGGCGAAGUACCAGCGCGUGGAGUAUGAGGAUGUAGAGGAGGGAGAUGAGUUGGCGAGUGAUGAGGAGUAUGAGGAGGUCGAAGAGGAGGAAGAUGUAAUCGAGAGCGGUGCGGUGGUACCUGCGCUGCCGCAAGCUAUUGCUAAGCGGAAAGAGGCUGAGGAGUUGGGUGCAGAGACUUCGAAGUUUGAGGGGAGUGAACAGUAUGAUUAUCAGGGGAGGACAUACAUGCAUGUUCCGCAGGAUCUGGAUAUCGAUUUGAGGAAGGAACCUGGAAGUUCGAAGAACUAUGUGCCGAAGAAGUUGGUGCAUACUUGGAAGAGCCAUACGAAGCCCAUUUGCGGACUACGCUUCUUCCCUGGAUCAGGUCAUCUGUUACUUUCUGGAAGCGCAGAUACAACAGUCAAGAUCUGGGAUGUUUAUCACCAGAAGGAGUUAUUACGGACAUAUUCUGGACAUACGAAAGCGUUGUCAGAUGUCACGCUUAAUGCCUCCGGCACACAAUUCCUCUCUGCCUCCUACGACCGCAUGAUGAAGCUCUGGGACACCGAAACAGGCCAAUGUAUCAACCGCUUUACGACAGGCAAGACCCCCCACUGCAUAAAAUUCAACCCCUCGCCGGAACACUCCAACGAGUUCCUAGCAGGUAUGUCAGACAAGAAGAUCAUCCAAUUCGACAUCCGCACGCGCGAGAUCGUCCAAGAAUACGACCACCAUCUCGCAGCCAUAAACACCAUCACGUUCGUAGACGAAAAUCGCCGCUUCAUGACCACUUCAGACGAUAAAUCCCUCCGCGCCUGGGACUAUAACAUCCCCGUUCCCAUCAAGUACAUUGCCGAGCCGCACAUGUACGCCAUGACGCGGGCAUCUGCCCAUCCCUCAGGCAAGUACGUCGCAUACCAGUCCUCCGACAACAACAUCUUCGUAUACGGCGCAAACGACAAGUUUCGCCAGAACAGGAAGAAGGCCUUCAAGGGGCAUAACAAUGCGGGGUAUGCGAUCGACGUGGCUUGUAGUCCGGACGGACAGUUUGUUGCGAGCGGAGAUAGUGGUGGGUAUGUGUGUUUCUGGGAUUGGAAGACUUGUAAGAUGUGGCAUAAGAUGCAGGCGAGUGAUGGGGCGGUUACCUGUGUGGAGUGGCAUCCGCAGGAGACGAGCAAGGUUGUUACGGCGGGGUUGGAUGGUGCGAUCAAGUAUUGGGAUUAGAUGGAGGAGGGGCGGGAAGAGUGCAUUGCAGGCGUUUGGGAGAGGUAUGGAUCAGAGAAGAAUAUAUUUCUCUGCUGGGUGUGUAGGAAUAUUCACACCCUCGUGUGUGCAAAGUGCAAAACGGACAAAAUCUCAACGCCAUGCUUGAAGCCUUACUCUCACAUCCUCAUAUUUCCAUCUCAUGCUUGACAGAUUAAAUUAUUCAUUGACUGAGGUAGAUUGAUCUGGCAGAAUACUCAUCCCACCCCGUUUGUUCAAAACUUCUAUUCACAUUCCUAGCCCCAAGCCGUUAUCAAGCGCUGCCCAAGUGGGUAGCUAUUAGGAAGGACUUGCGAUGAAAAGGUAUAGCAGCUCGAAUUGUAUAUUCUGAAUUGGAGAAUCAGGGCUUAAGACUUUCUCUUAGUCUCUCUGUAAGUGCUGUUCCCACCUCGCUUCUGCCUUCGGAUCCCAAAACAAGUGCCAAACUACUUGGCGGGCAGGCAGCUCAGCACAGCCACAGCCACUGCCGAGUCACCUCACCUCUAUUAGACAGGACUUCAGCUCAACUUCAUGGCUCGUCUUUUCUUUAUCCUGUCGCUCCCUGGUUUGAAUAAAAUCGACUGGUUGCAACAUAUUCAAGUUCUUCCCCUUGGUAUUCCAGAUACUCAUAUUCUGGAAGAAAGAUAUUCUGGUCUAGCCUGGGUUGCGCCGCCGUUGACUGGAUCUCGUUUCAGUCCUUCCUAUAGACUGGGAUGAAUUGUACCUCGCCGCCUCAUGAGCUCUGAAUCUCACUAUCAUUAUUAGCAGAGUGUAUUGUCUGAGUGGAGCUGAGCAUCUUGCUACCUAUCCUAUCCACGUACCUAUCAAGCCCGGAGAGAAAUAAACUCCAAAGCGAUAUCAGCAUCAGCAUAGCAUCAUGCCUCCUUUCGACACGCAAGACCAAGAUCAAGACGAGCAUGUCACCGAGUCCUGGGGACUCUCCCUCCCCUCAAUCCACCACAUCAUCCUCUCCCUCGACACCCUCUCGCAACUCCUCGCCCCUCCCUCAACCACCCCCCGCAUCCCCGGCAGCGCCGCCAAACUCCCAGGCGAGAUCCGACCUAGAAGUAAGAGCUUGCAGCAGGUUUUGCGAGCGGUUAUGUUUUUUGAGGGGGGUGCUGGAGAGGAGAGGGUGAGGAGGGAGAGGAUGAGGGAGAUUGGAGAGAGGAUUGGGA